AUGCCACCCUCCGACUACACAUCAGCAGGAGGCGGACUGAAGCUGAAAGGCGGCGCUGGCAUCGACAAGAAAAAGAAGAAAAAGAAGCCAAAGCCGACAGAGGGUUCUACCUCCCAGAACCUUACAACCACUGCGGAAACGACGAAAUCGUCGUCCGGAGAAGCUUCCAAAGAUGCGCCCACUGAAUCCAGACGAACGCAGUCACGAUCCAUUACACCAGAACGAGCUGAGAAGGAAAUUCGCGGUACUGGCGGGAGACGGAAGACCGAAGCCGAGAAACGUUAUGACGAGAUGCGACGGAAGAGACUUGACGAGAGGUUGAAGCGAGAAGGAGUCAAAACACACAAAGAAAGGGUCGAGGAGCUGAACAAAUACCUCAGCGGUCUGAGUGAGCACCACGACAUGCCCAAGAUUGGACCCGGCUAA